AUGAAGUUCCCCCUAGGCCUGGGGUCGCGGGAGUGGAGAGUGUCUGGGGAGCGGGCGGCGGCGGCGCAGGCGCGUCCGGGGAUGGAAUGUCCCAAGCGAGACCCCCUCAAAAGGGCACGGAGGGCUGUAGUGCGCCCCGCCCUACCCCGGGGGCAGACCCAGGCUGUUGGCCCGCAGAUCCUGGAGCAGACGUACGGCGAGGUCAACCAGCUGGGCGGCGUGUUCGUCAACGGACGCCCCCUGCCCAACGCCAUCCGCCUGCGCAUCGUGGAGCUAGCGCAGCUGGGCAUCCGACCCUGUGACAUUAGCCGGCAACUCCGCGUUUCCCAUGGCUGCGUGAGCAAGAUCCUGGCGCGCUACAACGAGACCGGCUCCAUCCUGCCCGGGGCCAUCGGGGGCAGCAAACCCCGAGUCACCACCCCCAACGUGGUCAAGCACAUCCGGGACUACAAGCAGGGCGACCCUGGAAUCUUUGCCUGGGAGAUCCGCGACCGGCUGCUGGCCGACGGCGUCUGCGACAAGUACAACGUGCCCUCGGUGAGCUCCAUCAGCCGCAUCCUGCGCAAUAAGAUUGGCAGCUUGGCGCAGCCCGGGCCCUACGAGGCGAGCAAGCAGCCGCCGCCACAGCCGGCGCUGCCCUACAACCACAUCUAUCAGUACCCUUACCCCAGCCCCGUGUCCCCCAGCGGCUCCAAGAUGGGCAGCCACCACGGGGUCCCGGGCACCGCCGGCCACGUCAGCAUUCCCCGCUCUUGGCCCUCCGCGCACUCAGUCAGCAACAUCCUGGGCAUCCGGACGUUUAUGGAGCAAACAGGGGCCCUGGCUGGGAGCGAAGGCACCACCUAUUCCCCCAAGAUGGAAGACUGGGCCAGCGUGAACCGCACGGCCUUCCCGGCCACCUCGGCAGUGAAUGGGCUCGAUAAACCAGCACUGGAGGCGGACAUUAAAUACACUCAGUCGGCCUCCGGCCUCUCCGCGGUGGGCGGCUUCCUCCCAGCCUGCUUGAAACUGGCAAAACCCCCGAUUCGCUCUGAAGAGCUUUCUCCAGGAGAAGUGGUCUUGUGGUCCUCCUUGGAAGUCUGUUCUGAGCUGGCCAAACCCCAAAGUGGAAUCCCAAUUAUGGGAGAUGGGAUUUCCACUGCUUUACAGUUUAACCACCUGGGUUGA